AGAUACUGAACGAUUGUCAUACAAAGAAAACGUUAAAAUUAAAAAUGUUGCAAAGACACACGCAAUAGAUGGCUCGGGCUUUUAAUCAGUGACGUCACAACGCGCCUUUAACCAGUGACGUCACAACACGCCUUUAACCCGUGAUGUCACAACGCGCCUUUAACCAGUGACGUGUCCAAAACCCGUCAACCAAGAGCAGGUUCGAACUUAACAAUAAAGAAUACCUGUAUUAUGCGCUGUAGGUUUAAUUAAUGCACCGAAUUUAAUAAAACAAUACAAAAGAUAAACUGCAAUUGUUGGUGUUUGUAAUUUACGCGAUAUGUGCUCACAGUAUUGCUUUCAGCGUCUCAUUUAUUCCUAACAGAGAGGACAACAACUUGUUCAAAUAUAACAAAUGACGCCUCGGAACAAACACAGACGUUACACAAUAAGACGUGAUAUAUUAAAAGAUUUCAAACAAAUUGCUUUUGGAACAAAGUUUUAGUGAGCGUUUUUUACCAUAAGUUGAUCAGCAGUUUCUGGGAAGUAGGAAAUAUAAAUAUUGCUGUUAUUCCUCUAAUGCGAAAUCUUGUUAUUACCCUAUAGAGUUAUAAAAUACCAAGUUAGCAACAAAUCGAAGCAUUUAAUGUCAUGUCGACAGUUUCCAGCUUUAAGUUUUGAUCCAUAACACUUAAUUAAUGGGUCAGUAUCUAAACAAUGCCGACUCUUAAACGAUCAACGCAAGUCUCUAAUGACCAUCGACUUUUCCGUCGGUCUUGAUUCGAUGGUAUUGGAGUAACGUAAUAUUUAAUCAAUAGAUUGUUUAACCCGCUUUGUUUCUAACAGCGAUACUCUCUUACUUUUAAAAUGCUUAAACUUUGUUGUUUAUUCACUUUCUGUUUCCUUCUACACAAUAUUCGAGAAAUUAAAUCUCAACAACCUGAAGAGAUUUGUUUUCGUCCUCCAUCAAAUCCCAACCCAGGCAGACCCGGUAAGAGAGGACCUCCCGGAGGAAAAUGUGACAGGGGUGACGUUGGUCCAACUGGGCAGUGUGUUUGUGAUGGAAUGUCUCAACUUCGUCAGGAAAUACAACAACUUAAUCGCAAGAUCGCAACACUUGAACAGUUCCAACAUUCUCAUACAGACAAGCUAACAUAUUGCUCGGUUGGAAUGGAGGAUAGGAGAGUAAGAGACGAAGACAUCACCGCAUCUGCUACUUUCGAUACCGGAAUUAACACAUUUCACCUUCCAAAGUAUGCGCGACUGGAUAAUGUCGAUGUGCUAGGUCAUCAUAUUGGAGCGUGGGCAUCUGGGAACCAAAGCGCUGGAAAUUGGAUUCAAGUUGAUCUUCAAUCUCCCACUCUUUUAACUGGAGUUGUGACUCAAGGCAGACCAGGGGGGCAUUUUAUGCAAUGGAUUACAAGUUACAAAAUCGCAUAUGGAAUAAAUCAAACCAGUUUUCAAACUAUUCAAAACAGUGAUGGAAACGACGUGAUAUUCCAAGGAAAUAGAGAUAUAGAUACGAAAGUUACAAAUAUGUUUCCUGCUCCAAUCAUUGGACGUUAUGUACGUCUCAUACAUAUUACUUAUCAUGGGCAUGCAUCAAUUCGAUUGGAAUAUCUGACGUGUUAACCAGUAAUUAAAAUGAAAAUACAAAUGCAGUAAACGUUUGUCACGCAAUAA